AGGAGGGAGCAGGGGGCUGAGCUGAUCCCACGUGUGACGCUUUCAUUCCCGGCUCAGUAAUAUUCUCAUAGCGGGGCUUUGCAUAUCUCCUGCCGUAUCUGUGUGUGUCUGUCACUGUUACUGUAGUCCCAGCCUAUAGUUUGGAAUAGAUAUGGAAGGAGACGGGAGUCAAGCCACAUCCGGAAGCCUAAAUGAUUCACAACAUGACCCGGGUAAAAUGUUUAUCGGUGGCCUCAGCUGGCAAACCUCACCAGACAGCCUUAGAGACUAUUUUAGUAAAUUCGGAGAAAUAAGAGAAUGUAUGGUGAUGAGAGACCCCACGACAAAACGCUCAAGAGGAUUUGGGUUUGUUACGUUUACAGAUGCUGCCAGUGUAGAUAAAGUCUUAGCUCAACAACACCAUGAAUUAGACUCAAAGACGAUUGAUCCUAAGGUUGCCUUUCCCCGUCGCGCCCAGCCUAAGAUGGUCACAAGAACAAAGAAAAUAUUUGUGGGCGGCUUGUCAGCCAAUACAGUAGUGGAAGAUGUGAAGCAGUAUUUUGAACAGUUUGGAAAGGUUGAUGAUGCCAUGCUUAUGUUUGAUAAGACUACUAACAGACAUAGAGGAUUUGGUUUCAUAACUUUUGAGAGUGAAGACAUCGUAGAGAAAGUCUGUGAAAUUCAUUUUCAUGAAAUCAAUAACAAAAUGGUAGAAUGUAAGAAGGCCCAGCCCAAGGAGGUGAUGUUCCCACCAGGUACACGGGGGCGAGCCAGGGGUCUGCCCUACACCAUGGAUGCCUUCAUGCUGGGGAUGGGCAUGCUGAGUUAUCCUAAUAUUGUGGCAACGUAUGGCCGUGGAUACACUGGAUUCACACCCAGCUACAGCUACCAGUUUCCUGGCUUCCCAGCAACAGCAUACGGACCGGUGGCGGCGGCGGCGGUAGCAGCAGCGCGUGGCUCAGGUAGGGGGGCCCGUGGAAGAGGCGGCUACUUGGCGUACCCACAGAGCACAGGGCCAGGCCUCCCCGAUUAUGGGUUUUACUCUGCGCCCAGUGACCAGAGGGGGGGGCCCUGCUCCUUUGCUGACUAUGGCUCCCUGGGGCCCCAAGCGGCUCAGAUGCUGCACAGUGAGCAUGCCACCUCCGCCUGCAACUCCCCCCUCCAGCACCUACACAGCCCGGAUCAAUUUAAGAACCCAGGCACCAACCCCUCGAGGCCCGGAGGAUUCCCCGGUGCUAACAGUCCAGGGCCUGUGGCUGACCUGUACGGACCUAGCAGCCAGGAUUCAGCUGUGGGCAACUACAUCAGUGCUGCUAGCCCUCAGCCUGGCUCUGGGUUUGGCCCCAGCAUCACAGGCCCGUUGAUUGCGACAGCUUUUACAAAUGGAUACCAUUGAACAGGUGGCGGGUUGCCAUCUCAUCAGAGCAGAGUAUAUCUGGUGGCCCAGGAAAGACAGGACGAAGUUUCUAAUUGGCUUUGUGUGCAGGUGAUGCUUUUCAACUUCAAGCACUACAGCGUCACCGAGGCAAAAAGAAAGAAAGUCGGAACCAUAUGAAGAAGAAAAGAAAACGUUAGUCAUCUCAGAAAAAUAACAACUGCUGUACUAUAUUCCAAACCUCCUAUAACUUUACAACCUGGUUUGGUAUGAUGUUUCACGUCGAUUUCAUUCACCUAUUAUCCUCCUCUGUUGUUUAGAGUUUUCUGAGUAGCUUCUAGAUGAGUCAUUUUAGUUUAACCGUUUUAAUUUGGUGUCAUUUUCUUUUAUCUUCUAGUAUUUUUUUUUUGUGUAAAUUAAUUUUUUUUUUUUUUUUUUUGGGGGGGUUUUUUUUGGAAGUACGGGGGUUAUAGCCAAGAAUAUCUGCAAGUCAUGUCUUCAUCUUUGUAUGGGUUAGUGUAAAGGAAAAAUGAUUGGAUGUUUCCAUUCAGUCUUUCUACUAAAAAAAAGUAAACGUGGAAAGACUCAAAGAAAAAAAUAAUAAUUUUGACAGAAAAAUUUAAAGAGGGUAUCUAAGUAAUAAUCUUAGUAGCUGUUUUAUUUCUUGUGAUGUCUCAUUGUUAACCAUAAUUACCUAUUUUUGGGCAAUACAAAGAGGACUCCAAUAUUUUUAUGGUCCUUUUUUAUAAGUGUUGUUUUUGUUGUUUAGAAAUAUAUAUAUAUGCUAUAACAAAUUUCAUAUAACUACAUUGUGAAUUCAAACUUGAGAAAAAGAAAUGUAGCUGUACAUAUUAUUCCAGUCACUGCAUAUAACCAACUCAGUGAGAGAAUAGCAUAUUUUUGUGAUGGUGUGUCAAAAGAACAUGUUAUAGCGUGUGAAUAGAAGAAAAAGCUGUAAACAGUUAUUAUUAUACUUUUCUGCUGGAAGACGGUAUCGACCCCAGAGACAAACAGAACACACUUGCUCUGUAAAUACUGAAGCCGAAUAAUUUUACAAGUGUCAUACCAGCAAAUUUACAAACGGUGAGUAAGUAACCAGUUUUAAGAACUAAUAAAAAAAAAAAAAAAGAACCUGAUUGGUAUCUUUUUGUCUAACUGUAUAAGAUAUCAGUAUCAUUUCAAAGAACAGAGAGAGAGAGAAAAAAAAAAAGACGAUUUAAUCCAAAGCACACUGUACUUAGAUGUGAAGAUUAGAACUUGAACCAGGCAUUUUCCAGUGCUCUGUGCAUCCUGACACUUUUAUACUCUUGAGAGGAAACUCAACUUGUUAGCUGUAUGUUCUUGUUUGUUUCAUCCUGCUUGUUCCUGACUCAUUUUGGAACACAAUAUCUGGGCUCUGUGCUAGAGCCUUUAUGUAAUGCUUGUUCUCUGAAUCGGUUCUUUUUGAAUGAAUUAGGAAAGUAAACCAUUUUGAUACCAUACCUCAGCCUUGUGAGUUCUAUUGUGGAGUCAUUGGCAGGUUUAAUUUAUUCUAGUGGCAAAAUAAUUGAAAACACUGAAAGGUAAUAAAGCGAGUAAUCAUUGCACUGUGAGUAGUAAAGUACAGGCCAAUUCCUAUUUGCACAUGUAUAUGUUGGCUUUGUAAAAAAAAAAACGAGAAAAAAAAAACAUGGCCCUGUGCGCUGGGAUAGUAUGAAGGAUUUUUGGGGUUGAUGUAUUAUCGACUAGACAAACACUUCAGAGCUUUGAGGUGAGUUAACAGCAUGGUGUGUUGCAGUGAAGUGAGGCGAUGCCUUUAUGUGUUGGACCCACGUCUCAUCUGAAGGUGUUUAUACAGGGUCAAAAGAUGACACAAUUAAUCACUAUAAGUCGCUGCACCGGGUUUUACACAGUAUGUGUGGUUAAUGAUUUCACUCAAACGUUUAAUUAUAACAAUAAUGAUGAGGAUAAUAAUAAUAAUAAUAAUAAUAACAAUAAUAAUAAUAAUAAUAAUAUGCUCCAGAGUGCAGUCCGGUUUUUAAAGUCACUGACUGAUAGAAUGAAUGGUGUUUAUUCUGAAAUACUUUACCUGCUGCAGAUGUAUUUUGUUGUUUUUCAUUUGACCCAGUUCUUUGUCUCAUUACUUUUAUUUCAGACAACCAGGUAAAGAAAUAUGCUGGAUACUUCUAAAGUAAAUGAUAUGGAGGUGUGAUCAAGUAAUAAUUUAAAGAGUAAAGAGAAAAAAAAAACCCUUGUAUUGUUCAAAUGUAAAAGAAAAUAAGAAAUACAAAACUAUAAAAAAAAAAAAAAAGAAAGAUGCUUCUUUGCUGAUUUCAAGUUUAAUCAGAGUUUUAUUGAUACUUUGUGGUUUAUAUAUUAAUAAUUGUAAUAUACUAUUAAAAUGUACUGUGCAUCCAUUGCUUUCUCUCUUUCCAUUCCCCAUCCUCAGAGAUCCUACUAUCUUUUGUUGAUCAUUCAUGUAUUUCAUUAGUGUGUAAAGAAAUCACAGUUAACUUGUAAACAGAGUGCUGUCUUUGAUACCAGUGUAGUGCUCUUUGUUGUUCUCCCUUGCUCUACCUCUCCUUUCUCUCAUAUUUAUCCCUCUCCCUCUCGCGCUCUUUUCUAUCUCCUGUAAUUACAAGUAGAUGUUAUAUAGGACUCAUUAAUAUAAUACUUGUAGUGAAUAGUGGAUUUAGGACCAGUCAAGAUAGACCUUUCUCUAAAUGAUCAUGUUAUUCUGAUAUUUGCAGACAAUUAUUUUGGUAGAGGUUCAUUGUAAUUUAUUCCCUGUAUGUUUUCUGUUGGUUUGGUUUUACCACUCUCACAUGGUUUCAGCUAACCAAAGCUCUCAUGGAUGAACAAUAGAGAAACAGUUGCUGUAAGAUGGAAUUGUACACAAGGCAUUAUUUGGAUCCCCACCCUUGAAUGUUUUAAAAGGGGUGUGCCAUACUACCUUAAAUGCUAACGCUAGAUAUGCAAAACCUUUAUUAUGGAUUAUUUUCAAGAGGGACACAAGCUAUAACCAUGAAAAAAAAGGAUUUUAUGUAAAAAUCUGUUUUUUUUUUUUAAGUUACGUACUACUUAUAACUACAAUCUUUUCAUGUUUGUAAACUAUUUUUUUUAACUUUUAUUUCUAAAAACAUAUUCGUCUCAUCCUGGGAACUAGAUUUUAACUUUAUCGUAACACCGUUCGCACAUGUGUAAAAGUAAAAUAGUCACCGUAAAACACCCUGUAAAUCAGAAAACACCUUGAGGCCGAUUAGUCGAAGGUUGAUUUCACGUUGGAAUGUGAGCUGAGCUAAAAUCAAUCUGACCUAUGAGAUUAUAAAAAAACCCAUACUGCGGUGUUAGCUUUUAUUGGUUAAAGUGCAUAUUAUUGUCCAACAACAGACGCUGUGUUAAACUCACCGUUUUCCACAUCAUACAGAACUGAUUGAGCUCAGUAACUGGAGCUGUGUGGACACUCCGACAGCAGACCCAGUCAUUUUUUGACCUUUAAUUUCAAUUAAACAUAACUCACUGUAUUUAUCAGUUAUUUAAUUCAUUUCACCACAUGGAGUCUUUAAAUUAAGCACCAUGGCAUGAAUAAAUAACAUUACUGUCUCUAUUUAUUCCUCUCAUUUAGUAAAAACUGUCAAAUAAUAUACAGUAUGUAGGGUAAUGACAGUUUCUGAGUGAGGUUAAGAGAAAGAGGACGUUAUUUAAAGGAAAAUUAGGCCAAAUGACAGUAUUCACAUAUUUAGUGAGUCUGAUAAUACAAGCCAAUUCAACUUAAUUGCCAAAUUAUACAAGUCACAUUGGCUUUAAAUGAAACAAUCAUGCAGGAAAAAUGCUAUUUAUUGGGAAAAAAAAAAACAAAAGAAGAGGCAAAAAUAAAAAAUAUGGUAAAAGUAUUUAUUAAUAUUUUUCUGUAUUGUCGCCUGUGCUGCUAAAAACUAAUGAAUAUGAAUGAGUAUAAUCAUUUCAAGUCAUUUGUACUUGUAUUAGUCGUGUUUUAUUCUGAGAUAAAAGAAAAGUGUCCCUCCUGUUCUUUUGUAGCAUUAUUCCUUCAAUUUGUUUACCUGAAAAACGUUAUUCAAUUAUAAAUUAUAAUUCAAAUCAAGUAAAUGAUACAAAAUGCUCAUGUGGAGCCUCACGUUUUGUUGCCAUUUCAACUGAAAAACUAGAAUCAGUCUAAGUAUAUAAUAUGAUGACUAUUGUUUUGCAGCAUCUGGUGGCUCUUAGAUUAUAAGCAUUG